GUGGAGGCGGCGUGGGCGACGGCGGCGGCGACAGUAGAGUCAGCGUCGCGGCGGCGGCAGUGUGUAGCGCGCCUGUGACCUUCUCACCACCGACUGUUUCAGCGGACCACGGAGGACAAGACUUGAAAGUCUUCUAGUUCUCAACCUUCUACGACAGCGAACUGAACUUCAAGGAUUAUUAAAGACUGAUUAGUGUGUUGUUUCAGGUCGGGGCAUGCCACAGAGGGUGCUACACCAACACUAACGACGUCUAGAGGAGAUGCGGUCAGAACCAGGAGUGAUUCUAGAUGAGGAGGCGAGCACCGGAUGUUGCUGGGACUCAACAGCUGCGAGUCAACCGGACACAGAUACCUCUUCAAUUAGUGACGAGGCGAGUUUGACGGAACCAUUGACAACCAGAAGUCGCAUAUCCGGAUCCGGCAGUAGCGCUGGCCGGAAAAGGAAACCAAUUUUGAACGCGAGGGAGAAGAACAUGAGAAGACUGGAGAGCAACGAACGAGAAAGAAUGAGAAUGCACAGCUUGAAUGACGCCUUCCAGUCAUUGCGAGAGGUAAUUCCUCACGUGAAGAAGGAGCGGCGCCUUUCUAAGAUAGAAACCCUCACACUGGCCAAGAACUACAUCAUGGCUCUGACAAACGUCAUCUGUGACAUGAGGGGGGAGGACAGCCCUUACGAGAAGACCCUCCCAUCUGCCACAUCGCCAUCACCGUCAACCACGCCAGGGGAUGAGAAGAGCUUCUACGACUUUGAGUAGUCCACUUCCCCCUCUACAUCGCAACUCGAGAACAUAGACUUCAACAUUUUAACUAUCUAGUAUAAGUAAAUGAUUCCACAGACUGUUAAGGACUGAUCAUUAUGGAAUCGAAUGGGAAUCAACUAUAGACAAUUGACUAGUUUCAUUGUAGUGAGUUUGUUGCUUAUGCACGAGUAGAGUACAACAGAAGGGGUUAUAAUUUGUGAUAAUUAUUAUAGGUGAUAUAUUUUGUAAUCAUAAACUUUAGAUGAAUUAUGUAGUGAACCCAUAAGAGAAUGGUCGGUAUAAAUUACGUUGUUAUGUUAUCUUGUACAGGAACUCCUAACUCUAACCAUAGUUUUAAGUAUUCAAAAUGGUUUGGUCCAAGGUAAACCGGUGAUUUUAGAAAAUAGUUUCUUGUAAAGAUACAUUAUGGUAAUAUUCUAUCUUACAAAAUGAAUCUAGUCAAAUAUGCGUUAAGUUCAAUUCGUAAAUGUAAAGUGACAUGUAUGUGCCAACAAAUGUGAUUUAACAAUUAAUUAACUAAUACUGUAUAUUAAUGUAUGUUAAUUGUCUUUCGCUUUUUGUACACUUCCAUUUAACUAUAUCCCAUUGUAACAUAUGGUUUGAACUAUAGUAAUCACUGUGCAAUGAAGUACACCCAAAAUAGAGUGAACCAAAAUAAAAUGGCCGUGUGGAAAGUUUGACAGCAGUUUUAUCUAAUAUUUAAUUUCGAUGAAAUUUGUCAUCAUUACAUCAGAUUUAUUUUCAUGAUGGUUUUACUCUUUUGACAUUGCCAUCAGUACACAUACUUAAAGGAUACUUAAUGUUUAAGCACAUACCUACAUGACAUUUAAGACUUCGUUAAAAUAAGGGUGGAUUUAAAUUUUUGCAAAAACACAAACCGAUAUGUUUUAGUUUUCUUUCAUCAUAGUUAACUGGUAACAACUUAUUCCUAACAGAUUUUCUUACUGAGAUAAAACUUACUUACAUUCUCUAAAAUAAAUAUAGUGAAAGUAAAUUAUACCUAACUCUAUUAUACACUGCACGUGUAUCUUAGUAAUAUUUUGUAGCUUAAUUCGUGUAUUUAGUAUGUUAAAGUUUACAAUUAUAAACCAAGCAGUACAAUUAAAAGAAUUUAAACUUUGUUAUGGGUGAGAUGUUAUAUAUUAACAUUAGUUUAGGGAGGAAUCUGACUGUAUAGUUAAAUUAAAAACUGUUACGAUCAAACUAGAUUAAUCAAACGGCUGUGGUUGUUCCGCAGUUGAAUUGCAACUUGUUCUUAAGAUGGAUUCGGAAGAUGCAAAGAUGGCAUCAGAAACGUCAGCUACUCUUUUCGCAAGACCAAUUAUGUAGUCAUCUUCUGUUGAUCAAGAUUCAACCUAAAGUCUUAUAUCUAGCAUAAUAAUUCCAUUCUUUACCAGUGUUCGCAUGUAUCUAUUUUACUCAGCCCAUGUAGUAAACAAUUCAACGAAACGUGCAAAAAAUAAGUCGGUUGAUACACGACAAAAAAUAUUAUGUUUUAUACUUAAGAAUUUUCUGAUAUUUCAAGGGAAUUUCUAUGAUUUUUAGCUUUCCACUAAAUAAUACUAUCUAUUAUUAUCUUCUACUACGGAAGUGUCCUGAUUGUACUGGAAGAUGUAGUUUCACUUGCCAAAAAAGGCUCAUAUCGUCUUCAAUAAAUAGUUUUAAAUGAGGGUUUUAUUUAUUUUUAAGUUGGGGUGGCCAAAGAAAGUUGACAAUCAUUGGCUUAUUCAGGCGGCAAUAGUUCGAAAGUUUAUCUGGAUUACAUUUUAGAUCAGUAACCUUGCCUUUCACACAGUACCAUAUCAGUCUAAAUCAUCUCGUAGGCUAACCGUCUUUUCAUGAAACUCUGCAGUCAAAUUUAGGAUGUCUAAAGUAGAUCUUUCAAAACCGAGGUGUCUAAAGUAAAUCUGGACGAGCUUGAGAUUUCUAAAAUAUACUCGUAUGUGGAUGAACCUAUGAUGACAUAGGUACGGACGGAUCAUUCAUAACCGUAAACGUAAUCAUAUGAUCAUAACAUAAUCUUGUUGAACCUCAGGUGUCUAAGUAGAUCCUUGCCGAAUCUGGUAUGUCUAAGUAGAUCCUGGUUGAACCUGGGACGUCUAAGUAGACCCUUGCCGACCCUGUGGUGUCUAAGUAGAUACCUAUUGCCGAACCUUCAAUGUUUAAGAUACAUUUUUGCAAAUCUGGGAUGUCUAAAGUAGAUGUGUUGAAACAAGUAAUAUCCUAAUUAGAUCAAGGUCAAACCGGAGCCGACUCUAGUAAACCCAACAAAUUGGGGGCCCCCAAAGAUGUAUCUUGCUAAGCCUGGGAUGUUUAAAUUAAUAUCAAAUCUGUCUAAAUUUUGUUGUAUCUGCAACUCGUUUCUUAGUAAAACCAUCUUGUUAAGUACCCCUUUCUCUCGUGUUUCCGAAAAAUCAUACGAUUGUUUUUUUUUACUUUGGAAUUUAAGAAGCUAAUUAGGGUUAUUGACUGGAUACAGUGUCGUCUAUCGUAUUUUAAGGUAGGUGUAUCUCUCUCUGGAUGUUGUCUUAUAAAACCCUGUUUGCCUUAAAGGGUAGUCGUGUAGCUUAUAUUAAGACGCCUAAUCGUAUACAUGUCUCUUCGGUGUUGUUGUUUAUGGUCCAAUUGUUGUUAAGGGUUGACUUUAGGUAAUGUUAUAAAAUCACAUGGUAUCGCAUGUCCAAGUUGUGUAGAAUCUAUGUACUUUGGAAUUUGUGGUUUUCUUGAAUGUCGUGGAGAUAAUUAUCACCGAUUUAGUUUUUCAUAAAAAAAUAAGAUAUUUUUGUCGUUAUAUUUAUAAGGAUGGAUUUAUGCGACAGUUUUCAUAGUUCAAUGAAACAAUAUGAACCUGCAGUUUUUUUUAGAAUUAAUUUUGCCAAUAUUUUUGAUAUUUCACAGUAAAACAACGUGUAUACGACUCCAAAACUGCAGAUGGAAUAUACGUAAGAUUAAAUAAUAUGUUAUACCUGUAUAACAAAACAAAAUUUUUUGAACCUUAAUGAGUAGAAGGUAGUUACUUGUUUACAAACUAAUUCAAUUCCAGUGAAUUACUAUGACGUAAUAGCAUUAUCUGGAUUACAUAGGUAACCGAACUUUUUUUAAAUGUAUAUUUUUAAAAUUAAGAAGCCAUAAAAAUUAAAUUUUAGGUAAUACAGUUAUGGUACACUUAAUGUUUGUGGAUUUAUAAAUGUUUACUCUAACUUAUAAAUUUAACCACGUAAACAGUUGUAAAUCUAUGUAGGAUAAUAGAUUUAUUUGGCUGUGAUCUUUUAUAUGUUCAAAUUAUUUAAUCCUCGUUGAAACCGAGGAGAAUCAAAGGAUUUAGGAUCUAAUAUCUGUUGGUGUAUAUUUUAUGUUUGACGAAGUUUGCAAAACAUUACUUGUAAUAUAGUUUUGACUUUGAUAUACUGUGUUUGCAGUUAGGAUACAGUUUGUCGUAAAACUCAUAUUUUCCAUUACAGCUUUUAUUGCGUUUAUAACGCCCAAGAGUCGCUGUCUUCUUACUCUCUUAGCUGUAAUUUUCUUCUUUACUGUCUUGGAUAUCCCAUAAAGGUAUUUCGUACGUUACAUUUGAGAAAUUAUAUUUUGUAAAACAGUAAAUCAAUAGAUAUUUUAAUUUGAGGUUGUUUAAUUAUGGUUUUAAAGUUGAACCUGUUGUUUGAGGCCAAUUUUCCCCUCUAGCUGUUCAACUUUUUAUUUCAAUCCUACGUUUCAGUUGCUGCCGAUUUUAUAAUAAUAAAAAAAUUUUUUAGUUAACUGCUUGACAGAAUUUCCUCUAUUUACAUGUCAUUUACUUAAAUAGCUUUUCAAUCACGCCAAACUGAAAAGGCGAUUUACUUUAGCCACGGCAUCUUUUACAUCCCGAUACAUGAAAAAGGGUUGAAUAUACCUUCCAAGAUUGGUUCGUUCAACUACGAUCUCUUUUAAGUGAAACUAUGUUUAUUUCUGAUUUAUAUACAGUAGAUUAGAUAUCUGCUUCCGUAUACAAAAUCAAUCGUUCAAUUUAUAUUUUUAUUGCAAAAACAUGUUUAACCGAAUCUUAUUAUUUGUGUCACAUUUUAUGGAUACAUUAAAUAUUCCAUAAAACAAUUUUCAAAUGUGUAUUGGUGUAUUUCCAAUGAUUUUGGUGUUGUGAUAAUUUUUUUCAAAAAUAAUAGGAUUAUUUAUUUGUUUGGUAUAUUUUAAAUCUUGAAUUGUAAAAAUAUUUUAUGAGUGGGAUAUGCAGGAAAACUAAAACAUUACUAUGCUUUCGUUUGAAAUACCUGGUAUUGUCAUACAUAAAUUCCUAAAUGUGUUUAAAUUUGCUAUUUCAUCACAAGGAGUGCGAUGUGAACUUAUGAAAGGCUUUAUCACGAAUACGUUAAAUGUAAAAUUCUCCUUUUUAAUAAAUAUUGCUCAUUUGGCUGCUAGUAUUAUCACGUUGAUUCAUUUUUACUCGCUAAAAUCGUAUCCAGGAAUCAGUAUAGUUAAUAAAGUGGGUAUCAAACCUCCCACAUACGAAUCUCAAAGGACGUUUUCAUCUGUAAUCACUUAAAUCGUACUUUUUCUUCGACCCUUAGAAUAAACUUACUUAUCUUUCCGUCUCUCAUACUCUCAACUAGACAUAUAUUCAUUGCUCAGACAGAAUACAUGUGUGUAAUGCUACACUUGUAAAGCGAUGGCCUAUCAAUCCAUACGAAUUAUUCUAAGAGAAAAGGUCAAUUGAUGUAGUCUGCAUAUCGUGGUGUACGCUUCGCUAGAAGGCAGCAUGAUGGUGUGUCUUGUAACAGAUACUUUCACAUGCCAAACCUUCUGUAUUGUUGUCCUACUACUAUCCAUGUUUCUCGUGCGCCUUCUGUCUUGGAAAUAUCAAUUAUAGUGUAAUUAAGGAUUUUAUGUUACGUGUAUAUACGUAAGCUGUAAACAUAGAAAAAUAGAAUAAAUAUAGACCAACAUCAGUGCUGCUGUUACCAUGUUCCGGCGUCCACCGCUAGGAGUGCCGUGUAGUUACGGCACACAGGCCUGCAGCGGUGUGCGCGGUAACUACACGGCACUCCUAGCGGCAUAUUGCGGAACCUUCCUUUGACAGUCUAUAUUUAUUAUAUUUGUCUAUGCUGUAAACUAGACAGUAAUAGUACAGUUCGAGGUAUUAUAUUGUUGUGAAUGUUACUUUGGAUCACUGAGACAGUUUUACAGAGAUAUAAAACUGAGAAAAAUUAGGUUGGCAACCGAAACAGCUUAAAGAUUACUACAAAAUGUGUAUGAGUUCAAGAAAAAAAAAAUAUAUAUAUAUAUAUAUAUAUAUAUAUAUAGCUGGGGUUGCAAUUACGAUUACAAUAAAUUACAAUUAAAACGAAAGAAAUAUUAUCCGUAUCAAUAAAAAGAGUUAUUACGAAUAUAUAAUAGGCUACGUACCUGUAGACGGACUAGCAGCGGCUACACUUACCCGAUUCGGUCCGGUUCGGUCCGGUCCUCCAAAAUGCGGAACAAUGCUUCCCAUGUUUUUAAAUGGAGGCGGCUACACUUACCCGAUUCGGUCCGGUACGGUCCGGUUCGGCGCGGAACAAUCGUCCAGGGAGCAUUCAUCCGCAUUUUGGCGGAAGCAUUCGGGGCGGACCGGACCGAAUCCGAUAAGUGUAGCCACCUACUCCCGAAUUUCGGAUGAGGAUCGGGUGGUUCCGUGAGCACUCGGCUAAAAAAGUGAUGAAUUCAAUUAGGAAAAAUAGUUAUUUGUAGGAUAUAGGCCUAAGAAUUUAGGCAAUUAUGUUCAUAUAUUGCCUCGAUCAUGGAAGAAGAUAAUUAUGUCUACACGACCGCUAAAAAUAGUCUGAAUUUUGUCGCAAUAUUCGGAGACGAUUAC